GCCCUCUGCCUGUGAGCCCGGUCGCUGCAGCUUCAGGCCGGUGGAGAGUAAACAGGCCGCGAUGGCUGGAACUGCUUUAAAAAGAUUAAUGGCUGAAUAUAAACAGCUGACUUUGAAUCCUCCGGAGGGAAUUGUGGCAGGGCCGGUUAAUGAAGAGAACUUCUUUGAGUGGGAGGCUCUUAUUAUGGGUCCUGAGGAUACGUGUUUUGAAGGCGGAGUUUUUCCAGCGAUUCUCAGUUUUCCGUCAGAUUACCCCCUCAGCCCUCCCAAGAUGAAAUUCACCUGCGACAUGUUUCACCCCAACAUUUAUCCAGACGGACGAGUGUGUAUUUCGAUCCUGCAUGCUCCCGGUGACGACCCGAUGGGCUAUGAGAGCAGUGCUGAGAGAUGGAGUCCAGUACAGAGUGUCGAGAAGAUCCUCCUGUCUGUGGUCAGCAUGCUCGCAGAGCCGAAUGAUGAGAGUGGAGCGAACGUUGACGCAUCCAAGAUGUGGCGAGAGGACCGAGAGCAGUUCAACCGGCUCGCCAAGCAGAUCGUUCGCAAAUCCCUCGGCCUCUGAUCUCAUACUCAACCAUACCCCCUCAAACCACCUCCAAACCCCAUCCCAGACUCCCCCACACCCCCUUUAAACCCCACUCCAAUCCCCCCUCAAACCACCUCUAAAUCCCCCACUCAAUCUAUAUUACCCUUAUAACCCCUCAUCUCACUCAGCACUUUAUCUCAACCAGGUUUCUGUCCUUCUCCCACUGGAUGGAUAGAUGGAUGGAGGGAUGGAUGGAGGAAGGAGUGACUUGCUGAAAAGAAAGUGAAGCUCCUACAUCAGUGGACUUUCAGUCAUUCUCAGCAUGAGGACUUCAGAGAACCCAAGGCAGCAUUUGAACUUCUUUCGUCUUCUUUCUGGACUGAAGGACGGAAUCGUCUUUUCUUCGUUUCCAUGAAGAUGUAAAAAUUAUGGAUGUUAUUCAGUCUGAAUGCUGUAACUGCAUGUUUAAGUUAGAGCUCAAUAUUAAAAUGAUUAAAUCUAUAUUCUUAUGACAGAA